AUGCCAAAUGGACCCCACAGGACCACCAUUGAGCAGCUAUUACAGACUUCAGACAUCACAGACAAGAGUGAACCCAGGUCCGAGGAGUCUUCCAUCACAUCUAAACAUUUUUGUUUGUGUGGGUGUGUGUGUAUUGCAGGAGUUCAGGCUGAGUCCAGUGUAAAUCUCUCCUCUCCGAGUAUCUGUGCUGUUACUGGAUCUACAGUAAUAAUCUCCUGCACAUUUACAACACCCAAUUCUUCCAGUGUCAGUGACAGGGAGUGGUUCCUGAUCCACAAGCCUGAUGAAGAAGAACAAGUUCUGAAAAAAGAACCAGAUUUCUCAGGGCGAUUUCAUUAUAGCAAAUGGCGGCACAUCUGUGAACUGACUUUGAAGGAUGUGAGAGUGAGCGACUCUGGAGUUUAUAACUUCAGAUUUAAAACACCAAGCAGUGACUGGAUAUCAGCUUCACCUGGAGUUCAUCUCACUGUUACAGAUUUGCAGAUGAAGGUUGAAGAUAAGACUGUAGGACAAAGAAAGGUGAAAGUGACUUGUAGCUCCACCUGCAGCCUCAGUGAAAACCUUUACUACUUCUGGUACAGAAAUGAAGAACGCAUGCCAAAUGCAACACAUGAUUCCUACAUUCAUCUUGACUCCACUAGUCCAUCUGAUCAGGGCAGCUACUCCUGUCAGGUGUCUGUAAGCUUGCAUCGCUCUCCUUCAAUGUGUAAGUAUCAGAAGAGCUGCUGGAGGGUCAUUUACAACCCCAGAGCUAUCUGUGCUCUGAUUGGAUCAUUAGCAUACAUACACUGUUACUACACCUUCCCUGAUAAUCAGAAGAUCAUUAAAACAGUGUGGUUCAUUAGAGAUCAGACUGAUACUGAACCUGAGGAUCUGAGAGAGGAUGAGGAGUAUCAGGGACGAAUGCAGAACAGACAGAACUCCCAGAAUGACUGUAGUAUGAUAAUCUAUAACCUGAGAGAGAGCGACACUCAAACAUACAGAUUCAAAUUCUACACUGAUGGAGGAGACCAUACUGGACAUGCUGGUGUUACUCUGACUGUAACAGAUCUAAAGAUUACAGUGUCAGACACAAAUAGUGGAGGAAAGAAGCUGAUCUGUAGCAGCACCUGCACUCUGGUUAUCCACUACACUUACAUCUGGUACAGGAACGGACAGCCUGUAUAUGGCAAGUCCUGUAAUGAACUCUACCUUGAUGACAGUACUGUGGAUGCAGGAAGCUACUCCUGCGCUGUAAGAGGGUUUGAGAAGCUCCGCUCUCCUGCCGUCUACCCUCCCAGACUCCCAUCUGUAUCUGAGCAAGUUUCUGGAGACUCGACCAUACUGGAGUGUGUCAGUGACUCCAACCCUCCCAGCUCUUACACCUGGUUCUACAAGACAGGAAGUGAUGUCAUACUGGUAGGAAACAGCAGCAGGUUAACUUUAACAGCAGGAGAAGUUGGACUUUUCUUCUGUAAAGCAGAGAAUCGAUUAGGAUCAUACAACUCAUCAGAUUGGUUAACAAUAUCAACAGAAAACACAGCAGUGAAAUACGCAGCUUCUGGAGUUGCUGUUGUUCUGCUUAUGAUAUUUAUUGCUGUUUUUCUGUGGAUGAGGCGGAAGAGAGGAGCAGAGAGAGACACACAUAUCCAGAGUCUGAAUCCUGCAGACGACACUUACACAGCUCUGAACCUCGCCACCAUCAGCUCAGACUAUGAUACUCUGCAGGGUGUGAGGACUUUGCACAGCGAGCAGCAUACAGUUAUGCAGAGAAGAUCUUCGGCAGAUUCUGCAGAUUAUGAAAAUGUGUAGAGAUCCUUUAAACAGAAACCAUAGAAAGGUUUUCUAAAGUUUUAAUCAUGUGAGCAGCAUCAAACUCACAUAAAAAAAACAACAGAGUGACUUUCUGAUGGGAUGUAAUGUUACAGUUUUAUUCCAGUAUGUUUUCAGGAUUUCAGUGGCUUCAUAUUUUCUCCUUUCUGUAGCAAAUGUUUUUUUGUUUGUUUAAGUUUAUUGUUAUAAUAGUUUAGUGCAGUUAUCUAUCAUUUAUUACACUUAUUUUUAGACAUUUCAGCACUGAUUAUAUAAAGUGAUUAACUGUUUAUGAAUCAUAACAUAUACCUUACUUUAAAAAGUACCAUGUUGAGGGCGCCGAGUGGUCCAGCGGUCUAAUGCGCUGCCACUAUGAGCGGGAGGUCGCAGGUUCGAACCCCCGCUCAUGUGGCUUUGCCGUCAAAAUUGGCUCCCUCUGAGCAUCUGGGUAGAUGGCGCUCUUUCCCCAUCACACUGAAGGUGGCGCUGGACGGCACGAGCGUCAGCCGCCAGCGCUCAGAGGGAGCGAAAUUGGCCCUGCUCUCUCCGGGUGGGUAGAUGGUGCUCUUUCCCCAUCACACUGAAGGUGGCGCCGGGCGGCACGAGGCGUCUGUGAGCGGAUGAAUCGGAACCUGGCCGCUGUGCUUUCCUCCGGGCGUGCUGGCCGCUCAGACAAUGAUUCAUCCGCAGCAGCUCGAAAAAAGGGGUGAUUGACUUCACAGGUGUCGGAGGAGGCGUGUGCUUGUCCGCAUCCUCCAAGGAUCGCAGGUGCCACCGGUGAUGGGGACACACAAAGGUGUGGGACAAUUGGAUAACCAAAUUGGGAGAAAAUGGGGAUAAA